AUGCAGACCCUCACAGACCCGCGCGCCCUCCUCGACCCGAAUCUGCCCUUCAAUGAAGCGGCAGUUCAGCUGCUAGACAGAGUGGUGGCGGCUAUGUUCCUCUCCAACGAUAGCGUGGAGCGGGAUGUGGCGCAUCGGGUUCUCGGGGAGUUUAAGAAUAUGCCAAACGCAUGGACGCAUGUUGCUUUUAUCUUAAACGUAUCGAAGGACCCAAACACAAAGUUCUUUGCUCUACAGAUACUCGAAGCAACCAUCACGACGCGCUGGAAUGUGUUGCCUGAGGCCGAGAGGAACGGCAUAAAGGCCUUCGUCACUUCUCUUGUGAUUCAACUCGCAAGCGAUGAAGAAAAACAAAACACAGAAAAACAUUUCAUAAACAAAGUCAAUGAGAAUCUCAUUCAGGGCGUCGAUUCAAAUCGUGUGGCGGGAGUUGGAGUUGUCCAGGAUAGUGAAGAGAGAAUGGCCAGAACGUUGGCCUACGUUUGUGACGGAGCUUUUUUGCGUAAUCACCGCGAAAGUGUUGUUGAGCCUCUAGACAAACAAACCAACAAAACGAGCUGUAUAGACACUCUAAAACUUCUCGUGGCUAUCAGCGGCGCAGGGCAUGAUGAAACGUUUCAGAUUUGUCUUGACUUUUGGUUCUCCUUUGCCGAAACCCUCCUCCACGAAGUCCACCAAGAAGCCAAAAAGAGGCAAGGACAGCGGAAUGCUGAGGGUCCAUUGUUGCUUUCACCGGAUGCCGGAGAAGGUGGAAUGACGCCAGCUGAGUUGUCGUGGCGAGUGAAGGAAUAUGGAGAAGUUUUAAAUGAAGUGAGAGGAGUCCUCAUCAGCCGCAUGGCCAAACCCCAGGAGGUGUAUAUACAGUUCGAUCAAGAAACAGGAGAAGUAACGCGAGACUAUGAAGUUGAUACAGCUGAGGUCUCUCUGUACAACACGAUGCGGUGCACGCAAGUCCUGCUGACGAACUUGGGGCAGAUGGAGACGCAGCGCCUGAUGCUCUCCGUGUUGCAUAUGGAGUGCAUGCAAGCUCCAGUUCAGGGGGAGCAGUGGAAUUCAACUUCUUUGAAUCGCCUUUGCUACAGCAUCGGCUCAAUUAGUGGUGCGAUGACAGAAGCAGUAGAAAGGCCCUUCGUCGUUGAGGUCAUCCGCAGUCUUCUUAACCUCUGUGAAUCUAUGCGCGGAAAGGGCAAUAAAGCUAUUGUGGCGAGCAACAUAAUGUAUGUUGUGGGUCAAUAUCCGCGUUUCCUUCGGGCGUACUGGAAAUUUCUUAAAACUGUAAUUUCAAAAUUGUUUGAAUUUAUGCACGAGUCCUUUCCGGGUGUACGCGACAUGGCAUGUGAAACAUUUCUUAAGGUUGCACAGAAAUGCAAACAAACCAUCGCUGCCUCUCAUCAAGAGGACGAGCGAAACUUCGUGUUGACUGUGAUCGAAAACCACACACAGCAGACGGAGGUUUUGGAUGAGAAGCAGCAACUGCUUUUCUUUGAGGCUGUCGGGCACAUCAUCUCUGCAACGCCCGCUGGAGCUCAAGCGGACUGUAUUGCGGCAUUGAUGGCGAACUGUCUAAACAAAUGGAGUGAAAUCGUUGAAAAAGGAAAAACUAACGCGGAAACACUUUUCUCUAUGCAGGCCGCCCGACAACUUGUACAAAUUAUUCGAAUCAGCCAACGCCUAGCCAAGUCAACGGGCUCUGCGUUUACUCCUCAGCUGAUGCGGCUGUACGGGGAGAUGAUGGAGGUGUACGGGGUGUAUGGACAGAAGAUAGUGACAGAAGUUCAACGGGGCGGGGCUUCACGAAUCAAGCAUGCAGAUGUGAAGUGUCUAUACAUCUUCAAGCGCGAGACGCUGCAUCUCCUUGAGGUGUAUGCGGAUGAGUCGCUCAGAGAUGCACAAGCACCAGCCAGAAAAGAAACAGUUAAAGAGCUCGUCGGCCAGGGGUUUGGGUUUCGGUGCAGAGAUAACACUCCCGAUUCCAGAGACUGUGAAGUGUUGGCGCUCCUUGCGGUGCUCAUGUCUCGCCUCGACACUCACAUCUCCUCGGUGCUGCCGGUGAUCUUUGACUACAUUUUCGACUGUACACUUCAGAUGAUUAAGUCGGAUUUCCAGAGUUACCCCGACCACCGCGAGCGUUUUUACGCGUUGUUGAAGGCGUGCAACCAGCACUGCUUUUCGGGUCUUUUCUCUCUGCCUUCUCACCAACUUAAGGCCUUUGUUGAAUCUCUGGUUUGGGCCUUUAAACACGAGCAUCCCUCUCUGGCUGAGGAGGGCUUGCAGGUCACAUAUGAGUUUUUGCAAAAGUUGAUAGAGGGGAAACGAGAGCUCCUCAACGACUUCUGCAGCACUUAUUACUUUAGUUUAAUGAAAGAAAUACUGCUAGUCUUGACCGACAGACUCCACCGCUCAGGAUUCAAAUACCAGACGUUGAUCUUCAUGGCUCUCCUCCGCAUUGUUGGCUUUGGCUUAGUGCGAGAUGAAGCAAACGGACUCACCCAAGAAAACGUCACCAAAAGUCUUAUUGAUCUGCUCAGCAGAAGCUUCCAAACCCUUAACCACAAGCAAGUUGAGGCGUUUGUCGUCGACCUCUUCAACUUUUGUGGAGAUUCAAACCCCACAAGGUUUCAGCAGCACAUGCGCGAUUUCCUCAUUUCUCUCAAAGAGUUUGCUGGAGACAAUGACGCGCUGUUCGAAGCAGAGAGAGAGGAGGCGCUGGAAAGAGCGCGCGAACUUGAAAAGAAGAAGAGAGGCCAGGUGCCCGGGAUGACGCCCCAAUACGAGUCGAUGGUUUCCAUUCGCAACAUGGAGGACUAA